AUGCUGGUGCACGCUUACUCGGCUAUGGAGCGCCCCGACGGGCUCUGCGCAGCGGCUGGCGGGGCCCGCCUGUCGUCUCUGCCCCAGGCAGCCUACGGACCCGCGCCGCCGCUCUGCCACACGCCGGCCGCCGCCGCUGCUGCCGACUUCCAGCCGCCCUACUUCCCACCGCCCUACCCGCAGCCGCCGCUGCCCUACGGCCAGGCGCCCGACGCCGCCGCCGCCUUUCCCCACCUGGCCGGGGACCCGUACGGCGGCCUAACGCCCUUGGCGCAGCCGCAGCCUCCGCAGGCCUCCUGGGCCGCGCCCCGCGCCGCCGCCCGCGCCCACGACGAACCGCCCAGCCUGCUUGCGCCGCCGGCCCGCGUCUUGGGCCUCGACCCGCGCCGCGACUACGCAGCUGCAGUGCCCCGGCUCCUGCACGGCUUGGCCGACGGCGCGCACGGCCUGGCCGACGCAGCGCUCGGACUCCCGGGGCUGGCAGCGCCGCCGGGCCUGGAGGACCUGCAGGCCACGGAUGAGCCGGGACUGAGCCUCCUGGACCAGUCGGUUAUCAAGAAAGUCCCCAUUCCCCCCAAAGCCAGCAGCCUCUCGGCCCUCUCCUUGGCCAAAGACAGCCUGGUUGGCGGCAUCACGAACCCCAGCGAGGUCUUCUGCUCUGUGCCUGGACGGCUCUCGCUGCUCAGCUCGACCUCCAAGUACAAGGUGACAGUGGGGGAGGUGCAGCGGCGACUCUCGCCUCCCGAGUGCCUCAACGCCUCCCUCCUGGGAGGCGUCCUCCGCAGGGCCAAGUCCAAGAAUGGGGGCCGGUGCCUGCGAGAGCGGCUGGAGAAGAUUGGGCUCAACCUGCCAGCUGGCCGUCGCAAGGCUGCCAAUGUGACCCUGCUGACUUCACUGGUGGAGGGAGAGGCUGUGCACCUGGCCCGAGACUUCGGUUAUGUCUGUGAGACUGAGUUCCCAGCCAAGGCAGCCGCCGAGUACCUGUGCCGACAGCAUGCUGACCCAGGAGAACUGCACAGUCGCAAGAGCAUGCUGCUGGCUGCCAAGCAGAUCUGCAAAGAGUUUGCAGAGUUGAUGGCUCAGGACCGCUCACCGCUGGGCAACAGCCACCCGGCACUCAUCCUGGAGCCUCAUGUGCAGAGUUGCCUGACACACUUUAGCCUCAUCACCCAUGGCUUUGGCGGGCCUGCCAUCUGUGCUGCCCUCACUGCUUUCCAGAACUACUUGCUGGAGUCGCUCAAGGGGCUGGACAAGAUGUUUCUAAACAGUGCAGGCAGCGGGCACGGUGACACCAAGGCUUCGGAGAAGGAUGCCAAACAUCGGAAAUAACCGCUUCCCUCACCCCAAUGCUAAGGGUUUCCCCAGGCCUGAAAUGAAGCUUUAGCUCCUGGGGGCAGGCCUGAAAGGAUUAAAAGGCAGAAUUAAAAGGCUAGGAAGAGAACAAUCAUCCAGAAACCCCAGUGCAGGGUCUGGGCUGGAACAAGGGGAGUGGCCUUUUUGUGUGGUUUGUUGGUAGUUUGUUGGUAAAUUAAGGGCCCAGGUAUCUGCCUCACAUGUGUAAUUUCUGACCUUUGAUUGCUAAGAAGGAUUUGGACAGGAAAUAGGCAUGGAAAGGUCUGGCUCGUGGGGCAGAGCCCUGCCUGUUAGAAUACCUGGGCAAUAGUGGGUCCUCUGAGGGACCAAGGCCUUUCUGUUUUUCUGCUGAUGGCAGGAGGGAAAUUGUUAAAAAAAAUCUGAGGUGCUAUUGAGGGACUGGUGCCCCUCAACCCGGAAAAGGAGUGCUGGCAGGAGGCCCCAGCGGGCUCUUUGGGUUCCUCCCACUCUUGGAAAGUAGACAAGAAGGGCCUUCAAGGACAAAGAAGAUAAAGCACAAAUUACAGAACUUGAAUUCAGACUGUACUUCACAGUCCUGUCACUGUCUUAUUUAUUUAUGUAUGUUGUAAUUAAAUCUGAAUGUUUUAAAAUGUCCAAUGC